AUGGUGAGUGGAGAAACAUCAAAAGAAUUGAUAAAACCAUCUUCUCCAACUCCAGCCCAUCAACGAAAUCUGCAGCUUUCAUUUCUCGAUCAGCUAGCUCCACCUACAUACAUUCACAUCAUUCUCUACUUUAAAGCUCCGGCAGCGUCAUCGCCGGAGCUCAAACGCUCCCUCUCCGAUGCCUUAUCUAUAUAUUAUCCUCUCGCCGGCAGACUCCGGGAGAAUUCCCGGGUCGAAUGCAACGACGACGGCGCUGAAUACAUUGAAUCCCGUUUCAACGACGUCCGAAUCUCUGAAGUCGUUGAAAACCCCCGUCCGGAGGAGCUCGCGCGGUUCGUGCCUUUGUCGCCGUCUGGUGACGGCGACGGCGACAUCCCACUGGCCGUCCAAGCGAGCUUCUUCGGCUGUGGUGGCGCUGCCCUCGGCAUCUGCAUGUCGCACAGGGUGGCAGACGCCAUGUCGAUGGUGGUGUUCGUAAAUUCGUGGGCCGCCUGCUGCCGCGGAGAUGGAGGAAAUCAGCCUGUUUUUGACAUAUCCUCCCGUUUUAGCCCUUCGGAUUUCUCGGAUUUCUUCAAAUCCGUCCAAUUAGUACCACCUCCGCCGCCGCCGCCGUCGGCGGAGAAGGUCGUGACGAAGAUAUUCUCAUUCGACGGAAAAAAACUCGCGGCGGUGAAGAAGGCGAGCUCGGGGCCGCUGAUGACGAACCCCACUAGAGUGGAGGCUGUCUCCGCCUUCAUCUGGAAGCAUUUAAUCGAAUCCGCCUCCGCCCGAAACCCUAACCCGGUGUUUGCCGCCACGCACGCGGUGGACAUCAGGGAGCGGGCCAGCCCGCCUCUGCCGCGCCACUUUUUCGGGAACGCCUGCGCCAGGGCGAUGGCGAUGACGUCAUCAUCGCCGGCGCAGGAUUACUACAGCUUAGCCCUCGAGCUCAGGAGGGUGAUAAGGAAAGCCGAUGCGGACUACGUGAGACGGCUCGAAGACGGAGGCGAGUUUCUGAAAUACUACGCCGUGAGCGAAGAGAACGAUCCGGAGUUGAGGGAAGGAGGGAAGACGGUGGAGGUUUGCGGCUUCACGAGCUGGUGCCGGCUGCCGGCGUACGAGGCCGAUUUCGGGUGGGGGAAGCCGUGUUGGGUUUCGAUUAUUGGCGUUCCGGUGAAGAACUUGGUGUUCUUUUUGCGUACGGAAUGUGGGGAUGGUAUUGAAGCGUGGGUGAGUAUGGUGGAAGAAGAUAUUGCUAUGAUUGAGAGAAAUUAUCAUCUUCUUGAUCAAGGGGAGAAUAUUAGUGAAUUAAUUAAUGUGUGA